GCCCCGCGCGCCCCGUCCGCGGCGCGGAGUCGAGGAUGCAGACUCCGAGGCGGGCGAUGAGGAUGGAGGCCGGGGAGGCAGCGCGGCCGGCGGGGGCGGGCGGCCGCGCCGCGGGAGGUUGGGGCAAGUGGGUGCGGCUCAACGUGGGGGGCACGGUGUUCCUGACCACCCGGCAGACGCUGUGUCGGGAGCAGAAGUCCUUCCUCAGCCGCCUGUGCCAGGGGGAAGAGCUGCAGUCGGAUCGGGAUGAGACUGGGGCAUACCUCAUCGACCGUGACCCCACCUACUUUGGACCCAUCCUGAACUUCCUCCGACAUGGCAAGCUGGUGCUAGACAAGGACAUGGCGGAGGAGGGGGUGCUAGAGGAAGCUGAGUUCUACAACAUCGGCCCGCUGAUCCGUAUCAUCAAAGAUCGGAUGGAGGAGAAGGACUACACGGUGACACAGGUGCCACCCAAGCAUGUGUACCGUGUGCUGCAGUGCCAGGAGGAGGAGCUCACUCAGAUGGUCUCCACCAUGUCUGACGGCUGGCGCUUUGAGCAGCUGGUGAACAUCGGCUCCUCCUACAACUACGGCAGCGAGGACCAGGCGGAGUUCCUGUGUGUGGUGUCCAAGGAGCUGCACAGCUCCCCCAACGGCCUGAGCUCAGAAGCCAGCCGCAAGGCCAAGCCCAGUCAUCUCAGGAUCCCGCUAACCUUCCCUCCCUCCCACCACUGCCUCCUCCGCUUCCCGCUGGAGGUCCCAGGCUGCACCCUCCCGGCUCCGAGCCUGCUCCCCGGCCCUGCACCCACCCCCAGAGCUGCCAUCCCUGCUAUUACAAGCCAGAGGCACCCGGAUGUGAGGCCCCAGAUCACCUCCAGGGACGGGGGGUUCCGAUCCGAAAUCCUUUAUUUUUGUACCACGGGGUGGGCCCCUGGCCCCAGAAGGAAGAAGCGCUCUCCCCCCUGCCACUUGUGUCUACACCUGUGGGGCUGUGACCUACCCCUGCCCCUGGCGGCAGGCUCGCAAGGCCUGCGGUGGGCCCUUAGCCCUGUGGGCAGAGCCACCUGCCGCUGGCCCAAGUGUGGCGCUGUCCGGCUGUGUCUGCCAGGCCCCUCUGUCCCCGUGCCCAGGUCCCCCUGCUGCAUGGUAGAUGUACUCCCUUCUGGUCCCGUUACAUCACCUCCUUGAGCCUCAGUUUCCCUGUCAGUGGGGUAACCCUCCUGCCCACCUACCUCACGGGGUUGUGGGGUGCAGCAAAGAGCAGAGUCCCUGAAAGCCCUCAGAGUCGGACUGCCCUCCUCUCCCCCUUGGGGGCCAGCCCACCCCCAAGCAGGACACUAUUUGCCAGUAGAGAUUCAGGCAUAGGGGGGCAGGGUGUGGCGAUUCAGCCCUUCCCAGAGGAAGGGGUAGGUGACAUGGCCUUCACCGUGGCUGUCCCCGUGCCCACCCAUGUGCAGGGCUGCAGAGCACCCUGCCCAGCCAGGAACAGACCCCUCCCUCAGUCAGAGCCCAGGCUGGCCAGGACAGGCGGUGCCAGGGGCCCUCUGUGUGUGACCUCCAGGACGGGUGCUGACCUCAGCUGUGUCCCCCCUUCACAGAAUAAACUGAAGAAACAGCC